UGAGAACGAUAGUGGACGCGUCGGCCUCGCGCGAUAUAAAUACUCCAGUGGUCGAUCGCGAAUAAAUAACAAAACACUUCAAAUUCUCGGAGAUCAUUCAACCUUCAACCGACAGUUUCUCUCACAAUUCCUGGAAGGUCGUAGUACUCGUAGUGGAAGCAAAAAAGCGGGAUCAGGUCACGAUUUUAAAUACCCCACGGCUCGAUUAACUAAUGCUCUCGCGUAACCCAGAAUUUCGCGAAUUCUCCUCCUCCAGGCGACCUGUUUCCGCUCGUUCGAAAUAGGUUUGCAGUCGCAUUCUAUUUGAGAGGUCAAAAGCGUCACGAGUCAAGCGAAUUCGUCCAGUUGAAGGGGAAAAAUCCGAGAGGAAAAAUAAAAAGGGGUGUGAGACCCGCCUACGAGACAACUUGGUGAUGAGCCGAGUGCGGGGUAUGACGCAACGUACGAAUAAACGAGUGUUACUCGCUAUCACGUACUGAUUGAAGCCUCAGUCGGCUCAACACCGUCGCCCGCACAGGGCGGGAAACUGACCUAAGACCUAUUCCCCGUUGACAAUUAGUAAUUCUGAGUGAAAUUAUCGGAAAGGAGUGAAGAAAUGGCGCUCUACGACUGCCUCUGCAGAGGCCCAAUUGCCCUGAAUGAAUGGUUGCGACUCAAAAUACCCAGGAGGGCUAUUCUGGGCAUCCUCAUGUUCCUCGCCUGUAUGUUCUCGUACUUCAUCCGCACGAAUCUGUCGAUCACGAUAGUUGCGAUGGUGAAAAGUGACAAAGGGGGGCCGAAGAAGGAAGCGUACUGCACCGAAUUGCUGCAUCAGUCUAAUAAUAUAACUUAUGUUCCCAAAAACAUUUCAGACUUUGGAGAGCGAUACGAAUGGAACGAGAGGAUACAGGGCUUCAUCCUGGCAUCUUACUUCGUGGGGCCCGUGUUAGCUAGUGUACCCGCUGGAAUGGCAGCUGAGAGGUUCGGCGGUGCACGAGUGGUUGCAUGGGCAACAUUAAUUCCCGCAGUUUUGAAUCUACUGACACCACUGGCGGCUGGCCUCCAUUGGUCUGUUGUCAUGAUUCUUCGGUUUUUGAUGGGAUUCUCGGGAUGCGCUGUCUACCCAGCUUUGCACGCUAUGAUUGCCAGAUGGGUGCCUCCUCAAGAGAAGGGAAUGUUCGUGUGGACUAUGCAAGGUGGGCCGUUCGGCACGUUCGUGACGCUCUCGCUGUGCGGCGCUGUGAUCUCGGCGUUCGGUUGGAAAGCGGCGUUCUACACAACAAGUGGUCUGAUGCUGGUGUUCUACGUCCUGUGGGUGUGGCUGGCGUACGACACCCCGGACGACCACCCCACAAUAACCCAGGAGGAGAAGACCUACAUAAAAGAAAAGAUAGGCACGUCAGUGAGCAAGCAGAAGGUGAGCCUCCCCCUGAGGCACAUGGUGACGUCCCUCCCGUUCCUCGCGCUCAUCUACGCCCACUUCGCCAACAUGUGGGGGAUCUACUUCAUCUCGACGAACGGCCCCAAGUACAGUCUCGAGGUUCUGGGCUUCAAUAUGAAGAAGGGCGGCUUCCUGACAGGACUCCCCUACAUCGCGAGACUGGGGGCUGGGGUUCUUUUCGCUGCUGGUGGGGACUUCCUGCGACGCCGGGAGAUCAUCAAACUCGUCUGGAUCAGAAAGCUCUUCAUGAUCUUCUCGCACGUCGGUCCUGGCCUGGCACUGCUCAUCACGACUUACGUCGGCUGCGACAGGAGCACAGCGAUCGUCAUGAUUAUUGGAGCUCUAGCUCUGAAUGGCGCUGCCUGUCAGACUAGUCUCCAGAAUCAUCAAGAUCUUGCGCCCAAUUAUGCUGGGUCUUUGUACGGGGUCAUGAAUACUAUCGGAAGCUUUCCAGGGUUCAUCAUUCCGCCGGUCGUGGGGGCGCUCAUCUACGAACAGAGUGGCGUCUACCAGUGGCGCAUCAUGUUCUGGAUUUCAGCUAUUGUUUUCUUCUCUGCUACUGCUCUGUUCUGGAUCUUUGGCUCUGCCAGCAUCCAACGGUGGAAUGAUCUCAAUGCCAAUCCUGAUACUGUUACUAAUGGGGUGACUAAGGACGAGGAGAAACAGCUCAAUGAUCUCGCCAAGGCGCCUGUUCAGAGCGAAACUGAGGAUGAGAAUGAGAAGCUUUGAUCGGAGGGAGAUGCUCUGCAGGGAAUUGGGAGGAAUUAGGGUGAAUCGUUGGAUAUUAUGCUGGGGGGGUGGGCAUUUGAUGAGGAAUAUUUUUGAUUCGUGAUUCGAAUAUGAAUAUAUUUCUUUUGAAUUAGGAAUGAAAUAUUGGGGGUCAAGUGUUUUUUCGAUAACUGGGCGAAGAAUAUUGGGAAAUAUGUUUUUUUAGUUGAUGCGAGGGUCACGGAUGAAAAAAUUUAGUAUUUUCUAUCGAACUCGCAGGGUUUUUACACGAAAUUCUGUCGUAAGAAUUGGGUAUUCAGCAAUAAUACUCAUUUUGAAAUUGGGAGUGAAACACCAUCGAAUGAAUCCUCCCACAAAAAAUUAUUUUCUUCAAUAAUUUGUGAUCGCGAUUAAUAUCCCAAGGUUGACACAAUUCUUCUGGAAAAUUUCUCUUUGCCAUACUCUAGGUGUAAAGUCGUAGCACUAUUAUAAUAGGGUAAUUUGAUCGGGGGUUGACGCCAUCAGCUAACGAAAUUUAUCAGUUUUCUUUUUUUUUAAAGUGGAAAUAGUUCAACUCCAUUUGAAGAAUCUCAAGAAAUAAUGAUUCGAAAUUUGCAAAAUCCAGUAGAAGGAUAUCAUCAAUCAUAAUCAGAUGAAUAUGGUACAAAAUAAGUUUCUGUGGAGUCAGAAGAUAUAUCAAUAUUUUUCUGGAAUUUAGCAGAGUCAAUAGAGUAUAAAUAUAGUGACUCGUGUGCAAAUGAGGAUCAAUAAACUCAAUGAAUGUAAUUAAUUUUCAUUGUGACAAGCACCACUGAUAUUCAUUAGAGAAAGAAAAUUCUCAAAAAUGCCGGACAAAGGCGUAUCUGUAAACUCUCUUCGAAUGCCUACUUAUUUUUUUAAGUAUUUAUGAACAAUUCUUAUUCAUAUCUGUCGACUGAUUUUUUAUAAAAUCGACUGAUGUGUUUUUAAAAGAAUAAAUAAAAUUUCGUUUAUCUGUAAGACUUGAUGCCAAAUAUGGAAUUGUCUGCUCAAUGACAUCAAAUAUUCUCUUUUUUUUGUAAACGUCAGAGUUUUUUUUACUGCUCAGCAGCAUCACAAAAGUAAUGAAACAUUCUGGUAAUUUGGAUUUUUUUUAAAGGAACUGACACAAUAUUUGCAUUUAACUGGCGAGAGAACUAACUUCUCAUGCUUCAUCGUUGAUGAAAUUCAAGUCAAUGUGAAAUGAAUGAUUAUUUACUUUUGUCAUUUUUUGUGAUGUUUAUCAAUGUAUUUAAAAUCAGUGCGAUAAUAAAUAUAGCCGUAAUUAAA